AUGCCCUGGCACACACAUACACUCUUUACGCUCCCUCGAAACCGACGGCAUAUCAUGGACGCAUCGCGUAUCGCUGGGAUUGGCAGUGGGUACUUUUGGACAUGGACAAUCAUCAUGUCACGGUGUUCGGAAGCCUGGCCACAUAAAUGCACACAACAGCUUCUGGUAGACGAUGCGUCAAUGGAGGUUUCAAGUUUGCCGGGGACUGUCAUUAGCCCUCCCCCUCUCAAAAAGGAAGCGACACUUCACUUCUCCCCUCCAUCCCCCUGUCGAGAAACCAAUGCACAAACCGCACCGCCUACGCGCAAUUUCUUGGAUAUGGUCGAACCUGAACCUCUGAACUUGCUCAGCACCAUUAAUCUCUUGGCCAACUUUCAGCACGUCACUUGGCUAUCCACUGGCACACACACACAGACUCUACGCUCCCUCAAAACCGACGGAACACCCGCUACAUAUCAUGGGCGGAUUCUUCUUGGGUCUCGCAUCGCACAUCGCUGGAAUUGGUGA